AUGGCAUCCCUAUUCAAGGAAACACCGCAACACAUUCAAGAGACUUUGGACGCCAAUGUCCCCGUUGACCCCAGGUUGGUGGCAAACUCUGUGGUUAUCCCAGGCACCGAAGAGCCAGGUUACUCGCCAAUCUACAGAAACCAAUACUCUCCAAACAAGUUGAUCACCGUGCCAUACCCUGGUUUAGACACUUUAUACGAGUUGUUUGAAAACGCAGUGGCAAACCAUGGCCCCAGAAACUGUCUAGGCCACCGAGUCAAGAAUGCUGACGGCACCUUUGGCCGCUAUGUCUGGCAAGAUUACAACACCGUCAAGAAAAGAAGAGACAAUUUGGGAUCCGGUAUCUUCUUUAUUUUGCAAAAUAACCCAUACAGAGAUCCAGACAGUGAAGUCCACCAACGUUUUUCUUACGAACAAGCCGGUGCUGCAGGUUCUGGUGGUGCUAGCUCUCCAGAGUCAUUUGUAUUGACAAUCUUUGCCCACAACAGACCCGAAUGGGCAAUUGCCGACUUGACAUGUGCCGCAUACUCAAUUACAAACACUGCAUUGUAUGACACCUUGGGCCCCGACACCAGUAGAUACAUCUUGCAAUUAACCGAGUGUCCAAUUGUUCUUUGUUCAAAAGAAAAAAUUAGAAUAUUGAUUAAUUUAAAGAAGGAAAACCCUCAAGACUUGAAAAACUUGAUCACAUUGGUUUCAAUGGAUGAAUUGACCGAGGAGGAUUUCGAGUUGAAAGAAUUGUGCCACAACCACAAUAUCUCCCUUUUUGACUAUGCACAAGUUGAGAAACUUGGUGAAAUUAACGCUUUGCCACCAAGACCUCCAAAGCCACAAACAAAUUUCACAAUCACAUUCACUUCGGGUACGACUGGUGCGUACCCCAAAGGUGUUGUUUUGACCCAUGAGUCUGCAGUAUCGGGUAUCACAUUUAUGCUUUCCAAUUUGCAAACCAGCAAAAACGCAGUAACGUUUUCCUUUUUGCCAUUGGCCCACAUUUACGAACGUGCCAAUGCCCAGUUUGCUAUGGGUUUGGGAGGCGCCAUUGGAUUCCCACAAGGACCCUCGCCAUUAACCUUAUUGGACGAUGUCAAGGAGUUGCAACCUGAAGUAUUGGCCUUGGUGCCAAGAGUCUACACCAAAUUGGAGGCUGGUAUAAGAGGACAAACUGUGAAUAACGAUGAAAAGCCAAUGCUCAAAUCGAUAUUCACCAAGGCCAUUACCAAAAAAAUGGAACUCCAAGCAAAGCCAGAAAAUGAGCACAUUAAUCCAUCACACUUUAUCUACGACAGAGUGCUCAAUUUGUUGCGUAAGAAAAUUGGUUUCCAAAAUGUUAGCACCAUGACCACCGGCUCAGCACCAAUAAGUCCAGAAACCAUCAAGUUCCUCAAGGCUGCUUUAAACACUGGGUUGGCACAAGGAUAUGGUAUGAGUGAAACCUUUGCUGGAUGUAUGGCAAGUUCAAAGUUUGAAACUGAGUCGAGUUCUUGUGGCCCCGUUUGUAUCACUACCGAAUGUAGAUUAAGAGACCUCCCAGAGAUGGGCUAUACCUCAAAAGACGAGGGAGGUCCUCGUGGUGAAUUGUUGUUGCGUGGUCCACAAGUGUUUAAGAAGUACUACAAGAAUCCCGAAGAAACAGCAAAGUCAUUUGACAAGGAUGGCUGGUUCCACACUGGUGACGUUGCUAGAAUUAGCACAGCAAAUGGUAACCGUAUCUAUAUUAUUGACCGUGUCAAGAAUUUCUUUAAACUCGCUCAAGGUGAAUAUGUUACACCGGAAAGAAUUGAAAACACUUACUUGUCUCAAUUCCCAUACAUUGCUCAAUUGUUUGUCCAUGGUGAUUCUUUGCAAACGUAUUUGGUUGGUGUUGUUGGCUUGGAUCCUACUUCUAUCUCACAAUACAUCAAAACAAAGUAUCAUGAAACCAUCACAGACCAAGCAGAUAUCGUGCGUUUCCUUAAUGAUCCAAGUCACAAGAAACAAUUGCUUUUGGACAUGAACACUGUAGUCAGCGGACAAUUGCUGGGAUUUGAAAAGUUGCACAAUAUCAAGAUUGACAUUGAACCAUUGAGUGUUGAAAAGAACUUGAUCACUCCAACAAUGAAGAUCAAGAGACCAAUCUGUGUCAAGUAUUUCAAAGAGGAGUUGGACAAGUUGUAUGAAGAAGGUUCACUUAUUAGAUCUGAAAAGUUGUAA